AGAAUUUCUGUCCUUGUGUGCGUAUAUUUUUCAGCUGGCUGUCAAAGAAGCAAGAAAAAAGUUUAUUUGUCACAAAAAAGUGAAAAGUCAGGAUAUUAUUCUGUGGUCAGGGCAGUUUUUCCCAGGGAAGAUGCCCUUUGAGAAUUCAUCCAGCAAGACGGGCGCCAAGUCCAAGCGGAGCCCCAGACUUUCGAGUUUAGCUGAGAUUGGGGAUGCAUCGGAGGAUGCUCCUUUUCGGGCUCGUCUGCAUCAGCUCUUCUCGCAGAUUGAAAAGGAAUUCGAGGGGCUGUACCUUGAGAAUCUCAGCCUGCAGGAAAAGCUGGAUGCAAUGGGGGCUCGAGGGGGUGAUGGAGGAGCGGAGAGGAGCCCCGCUGGGGACAUGAUGGAAGGAGAUCUGGCCACGGGGAAGAGCUUGAAGGCACGAUUUGGUGCUGUGGCUGGGAGUAAGGUGAAGGCGAGUAAUAAGCUGAGAGCACAGACGAGUAAGAUUGUCUCCAGCUUCAAGGCUCAGAGUGUUGUGUGCAGCAUAAUCAGGGACUACUGUGGCCACAAGGAUGGUGUGUGGCAGGUGGGGGCAAAGAUGGGACAGCCAAUCAUUGGUACAGCGUCAGCUGAUCACACAGCCUGCAUCUGGGGCGUGGACAGUGGGCGAUGUUUGUUGCAGUAUCAAGGGCAUGGGGGCUCUGUGAAUUCCCUCAAAUUCCACCAGAGUCGUGAUCUCGUCCUCACAGGCAGUGGUGAUGGUACAGCUCACGUCUGGCAAGCAGCCGUGAAUUGGGACAUGCCCACACGCAAAGGGCACUCUUCGGAGGAAGAACUUGAGGACGAUGAGGAGCCCGUGGAGGAGAGAGACAAGGUUGAUGUACUUAGAACGCCCGUGUGUGAAUUCUCCGGCCCUGGGGGGCACACAAGUGUCGUCGUGGCGGCAGAUUGGCUGCCAGGGGGUGAUCAAAUAAUAACAGCCAGCUGGGAUAGGACUGCAAUCCUCUGGGACAUGGAAACCCGUGAGCCCCUACAGCCACUCACGGGGCACGAUCACGAGCUAACCCACGCAUGCGCCCACCAGACACAGAGGCUCGUCGUCACGGCGUCCCGGGACAGCACAUUCCGUCUCUGGGACUUUCGGGAUCAAAUUCCAGCCGUUUCGGUGUUUCAGGGGCACACCGAGAGUGUCACAUCGACCGUCUUUACGCGUGAUGACAAAGUCGUUUCCGGCUCAGACGAUCGUACGGUGAAAGUGUGGGAGCUGCGAAAUAUGCGAAGCGCCCUCACAACCAUCCGGACAGAUUCAGCCGUCAACAGGUUGGCUGUCUCCGCAAGUGGCGUCAUUGCCAUCCCGCAUGACAAUCGACACAUUCGGCUGUUUGAUCUCAAUGGUCAGCGUGUGGCCCGAUUGCCCAGAUCUAGUCGACAGGGUCACCGGCGGAUGGUGUCAUCCGUUUGCUGGGCGCCUGAGGAACCAAAUACGAGUUGCAAUCUCUUCUCCUGCGGCUUUGACCGACGUGUCCUCGGCUGGGCCAUUUGUCUGCCCAAGGAGAGUGCGUAGACUUCUCUCUCUGCACGAUUCUACAUAAAACAGAAAUAAUAAUUCCCAAAUGGUGGAUUAGAAGAGAGAGAAUCUCACUGUUUCUUUUUAAAAGCCUUUUUAUGGUCUCCUUGUUUGUUUUUUCUUGUCUCAAAAGAACUAUAUUAUUAAACAACAAAAAUGCGAUAAAAAAAAACAUUUUAGUCAAAGAAUUAGAUUUAAAACAAAAAGGACGAAUGUAGUUAAUGGGAGGGAAACAUUUUCACAAGUUGUUGUACAUUAUUGUUUGUUUUUUUCUUUUUCUACUCUUUCCAACACUUUUCCAAGAAGAAAAAAAAGGUUUUUAUUGUUGUUACUCCAAAAUGUAUUAAGAAAAAAAUAUUAAAAAAAAAUCCUUUUAGGUAUUUAACUUAACAAAAUGAAGGAAAUUAAAAUUUAAAAAAAAUACAUGUCUAUAAAAAA